AUGGCGGUACAGACCAUUUGGUCUCUUUUCAAACGACCCAGCCCCUCUAGCUCGUUCCAGAUCUUGUCUGACCUACAUUUGGAGAUCAAUCAACAAUACUCCUUCGAAAUCCCUGUUUGCUCCAAAUAUCUCAUCCUAGCAGGCGACAUCGGCCGCCUGGAAGAUUACAACAACUACCGCCUCGAAAAAGCAAAACAGCUCGAAAACGAACCUUGUAUGAAUGGCCGACUCGUAUUACUGCACCAACGACGAUAUGACAUCCCCGAUACCCGAAUAACAAUCCUAGGCUGCACACUCUGGUCGCAGAUCCCCCAAGAAUCAACGGAUAUAGUCCAUUACAAAAUCUCUGAUUUCCAAAAGAUCAAAGAAUGGUCUGUCGAGCAACACAACAAAGCUCACGGGUCUGACUUAAGCUGGUUAAGGGGUGAGAUCCAAGCUCUUCGGGAGAGCCAAGAAAAGCGGUCUAUCCUGGUGGUUACGCAUCAUGCACCAUCCCUGCAAGGCACUUCGAGUCCACAGCACGCUAAGAAUUUAUGGAAUUGUGCUUUUGGAACGGAUCUUUUGUCGCUGCCUUGGGAGGGAGUCAAGAUUUGGGUGUUUGGGCAUACACAUUAUACGACUGAGUUUAAGGAGAGGGGAAUUAGGGUUGUGAGUAACCAGCGGGGAUAUGUGCUUCCUUGGAAAACCGAAAAGGGUAACUUUGAUGUGAGGAGGGUGGUUUGGGUAUGA